AUGAGUUUAAAUUUCAGCAUAGCUAAUGUAGUAUACGUAAAGAAUCUCUCAACAGAUGUAUCAGAAAAAGAUAUAAAAGAAAAAUUUGAAUCUUGUGAUGAAAUAAUUAAUAUUACUUUCAAAAACUUUCCAGGUAAAAAUCAGAAAUAUUGUCAAAUAGAAUUUAAAAGUUCUGAAGGAAUAACAAAAGCUUCAAGAUUAAAUGGAGAACUUUUAUUAAAUGUUCCAAUGGUUGUAACAGUUAUUGAACCAGUCUCACAUAAUUUCAAUGAAAUAUCUAAUAAUGAAAAUGAAAAAAAUUUAAAUUCAGAUUUGAGGAAUAUUCAUAUUAAUAAUAAUAUACAAAAUAAUAUAACAAACCAGAAUGUACAAAAUAUUUUAUUACAAAAACAACUAAUUUCAGAACAAAAAAAAGGAUUAGUUGAUUUUCAAAAUUCAUUAAAUGCAAAAAAUAAUAAAUUUGAUGUUUUUUCAAAAAUAGUUUAUAUGGAAAAUAUUCCUGAAAAUUUUGAUGAAGAGGAUAUAAAGAAAUUUUUUAAAAAUGUAGGAAAAACAACAAACUAUAAAAUUCAAUAUAAUGAACAUAAAAAAUUAUAUACUGCUUUUGUUGAAUUUAAAAAUGAAGAACAUGCAAAAGCUGCUUUAAAUUUGAAUGGAAACAAAGUAGGAAAAAAUGAGAUAUGUAUAAGAGAUGCAUAUAGCUUAAUAAAUGAAAAAGAUAUUUUAAAAAAUAAUUUUUCACUUUGUAGUAAUAGUAAAGAUGAUAUAAAUGUGUCAAAUAAACAAACAGUUAAUGAAAAAGUAGAAAAAGUUUUAGCAUUAAAAGAAAAGCUUACAUUGAAAUUAUGUGCAAUGUAUAAACCAAAUUUGCUUUUAGUAAAUAACUUAGUAAAAGCUAACCCUUUUUUACUUAAUACAAAUAUAGAAAAUGAGGAAAAUAAAAAUAUAGAAAAAUGCGUAGAUGAAACAAAAAAAGAAAUAAUAAACAAUUCUAAUGAUAUUAAAUUAGUUAAAAGUGAUAUUCCAACAGAUAAAAGUUGUGAAGAAGAAAAGAAAAUGAAAAAAAGAAAAAAUUCUAAAAGUAAAUAUAGCAAUUCUAUUUUAAGUGGAAAAAGCUAUUCAGAUAAUAGUAGCAGAUCAAGUAGUUACGAUGAUAGUUAUAGAAGGAGUAGUAAAACCAGCUCAAAGAAAAAAAAAAUUUUAAAAAAACAUAAGAGUAGUAAAAGGAGGAAAAAAUAUAAAAGUCGCUCAAAAAGUUCAUAUUAUUAUAGCAGAAGUAAUUCAAGAAGCUCAUAUGAAUCAGAAAAAUUGAGGUAUAAAAAAAAAAAAAAAAAAAAAUAUCGUAAUUCUUCUUCUAGUUAUAGUGAUUCAUCAUAUUCGUCUAGAAGAAAAUAUAGAGAAUCUAGUAAUUACAAGCCAUGGUGGGUGAAGGAGUCUGAAAAAAUGCAAAUGAGACAAAGAAUGAAGGAAAAACAAAUGCGCGAAAUUGCUAUGAGAGAAAAAUAUAGAAGGUAA